GUGUAAUAGAAGGGAAGAGCCGGGGAUGUGAAUCAAUCCACUGCUGACCAGAACUUUAUUUACACAGCCAGCAUUCCUGUGGAGCUCUCACAUCACAAUCAAAGAAAGAACUUCUUUUAGUUGCCAGUUUUUGACAAUGUUCUGAGUAUUUGGUGACUGUCGCUAUCACAAGGAUUGAAAUUUCACUGAGAGGACAAGAUCCUUCAAGGACAACAUUAUUUUUAGAUCUGUACAGAGGAGGUGAUUUGCACUGUGAAUGUGAGAAGAGAUUUGGGUGGUCCAAACAUCAUAUAAAGAGGUCCUGAUUUGGAAUACAGAGAAUGGACGAAGAGAUGAAAGACAUGGAGCUCAGGAAGAGAGUGAAGUAUCACGUCCACAGAGAUGUACUGGAUGAACUCAGUGUCGACAAAGUGGCGGAGAAAUCAGAUGUCAAAAUUCCACUGAAAGAAAAAUUCAAGGAUGCUGUCAGGUGUACAGGCCCAAAGUUUAAGAGCUGUUUCCUGUCUUUUGUUCCUCUCCUGGUAUGGCUGCCGAAAUACUCACUCAGAGAAAAUGCUAUUGGAGAUCUUAUAUCAGGAAUCAGUGUGGGAAUUAUGCACCUGCCACAAGGUAUGGCAUAUGCUUUGCUGGCUGCGGUUCCUCCAGUGUUUGGUCUGUAUUCCUCCUUCUAUCCCAUUCUCAUCUAUUUCAUAUUUGGAUCAUCUAAACACAUCUCAGUGGGUACAUACGCAGUUAUGAGUGUUAUGAUUGGGAGCGUGACAGAGCGUUUGGCUCCAGACUCAGACUUCAUGUUGCCAGGUAACGACACCAACUCCACUAUUUUGGACUUUGCCAGCCGUGAUGCAGAGAGGGUAAAGAUUGCUGCCACAGUAACUUUCUUAUCUGGUGUUUUCCAGUUGCUCCUUGGUCUGGUUCGAUUUGGAUUUGUGGUGACAUAUCUCUCUGAACCAUUGGUGAGAGCUUACACCACAGCGGCUGCCAUCCAUGUUAUCGUCUCCCAGCUCAAAUAUUCGUUUGGCAUCAGCCCUAAUCGGUACAGCGGACCUUUGUCUCUUAUAUAUACAGUCAUACAUAUUUGUGCAUUGCUCGGAAAGACAAACAUUGGAACUCUGGUAGUUAGCAUUGUAUCCAUUGUUGGUUUGGUCAUUGCAAAGGAACUGAGUGCCUUGGCAGCAAGGAAGAUUCCUGUUCCUAUUCCUGUUGAGCUGAUCACUAUCAUUAUAGCUACUGUGGUGUCAUGGCAGUUUGAUCUGAAGACCAAAUACAACGUGGAAGUGGUUGGACAAAUCCCAUCAGGUCUGCAGGCUCCUGUGUUGCCAGCUGUCUCCAUGCUGGGUUCAGUGGUUGGUGAUGCCUUUGCGCUAGCUGUUGUUGGUUAUGGCAUUGCUAUCUCCCUCGGUAGAAUUUUUGCUUUAAAAUAUGCCUAUAAAGUCGAUAGCAACCAGGAGCUAAUAGCUUUGGGUCUGUCUAACUCUGUUGGAGGGUUGUUCCGUUGUUUUGCCAUCAGCUGCUCUAUGUCUCGCAGUAUGGUGCAGGUCAGCACUGGAGGGAAAACACAGGUGGCUGGAGCUGUCUCUGCUGUGGUAAUUCUGAUAAUAUUGUUAAAGAUUGGAGAACUCUUUGAGGAGCUUCCAAAGGCAGUGCUGGCUGCUAUAAUCUACGUAAACCUGCAUGGAAUGAUGAAGCAGUUCGGAGACAUCUGCUCUCUCUGGAAGACUAACAGAGUGGAUAUGGUAGUCUGGGUGAUGACUCUGAUCUUGACAGUGUUGUUUAAUCCAGAUCUGGGACUGGCUGCAUCUAUUGCCUUCUCCAUCCUCACUGUGGUCUUCAGAACUCAGCUACCAAAAUACUCUCUCCUUGGCCAGAUUCCUGGAACUGACAUCUACAAACCAGUAGAGGACUACAAUCAGGUGACGCAGAUUCCUGAUGUAGUGAUUUUCCGCUCCUCUGCAACAUUGUAUUUUGCCAAUGCUGAAAUGUACACGGAUGCGCUCUACGAGAAGACUGGGGUAGAUGUGGCUAAACUUCUCUCACACAAGAAGAAAUUGGAAGCAAAGAGGCUCCGAAAAGAAAAGAAAGCUGCAAAGAAAGCGAUAAAAGAGGCCAAGAAAAGAGCUAAAGAAGCUGCCAUACAAGAUGCUAAGCUUCAGGGGUUGGAGCUAGUGUUAUCGGAGACAGAAGAGAGUGGGGAGGAGUUGUCAGACAUAGAGGCAAAUGGAGAUGUACAUGAGUUGUCAGUCAAAAAACAAAAGGAUGUGGUUGCUGUAGAGGUGGGGCCUGACCCUGGCUCCAAGCUCCCACGGGCAAUCAUUCUGGACCUGAGCCCCGUGAACUUCCUGGAUACAGUGGGCGUGAAGACUCUACGCAAUAUCUAUAAAGAUUAUGGAGAGGCUGGUGUAAAGGUGUACUUAUGUGGCUGCCAGAGAGGUGUUGUAGAAAGUAUGGAGAAGGGUGAUUUCUUCAGCGAGAAAGUAACUAAAUCGAUUCUCUUCUCAUCUGUACAUGAUGCUGUUCUUUACUGCCAGCAAGGAAAGAGUGAAGAGGCCAAGCAGGGAACACAUUUGUAAAUCCAAACAUCAGAAAUGAUACGGAACACUCCGGAAAGAUGGCACACACUGGGGAGACCCAUGCAAACUACAUUCAAACUUUUUUUUAUUUUUUUUUAUUUAUUGUGUAUUUUACAUGUUAGGAGGAUUAUAUAAGAGAAUAUUAAUGUUUUUAAAGAAUAAUUUGUUUUGUAAAAUAAUAGUGUCUACCUAAUACUUUUAAAUAUAUAAAAUAAUUUGGGAAUGGAUCUUUGAAAUAGAUAUUGUGCAAGUAGAACGGUUGUAAUAGCAUUUAACACUGAAACCAAUUGUUGAUAGAUUAUCUAUAGCAUUGUGUGUAUGUUUAUUAUUUGAAAAUGUUAGUGCUUAAGUAUUACACAUGAAUGCAAUACCUUUCUCUCAUGAUAUAAUCAGACACAUGGAAAGCAUGAAACUACAGCAGAACUUUAUUUUUCCUAUUUCAGCAAUAUAAAAUUCAUUGUUUGUAUUUUAGUGAGUGUAAGCUGUGUGCUAUGUUUUAACCACUGUAUGUAUGCAUGUGUAUUUAGAAUGGCUAUUUAUCCUAAAUCCUGUUUAAUGCUGAAGAGUGUUAAAUCAGCCAUAUUUGAUGAUCAGUUAUUUGGUUCUAUAUUUGGUUCUAUAUUUGGUAUAUAAUAUUUGAUAGAAAUAUUUAACCCAAACAAUUAACCUCCAACCUCCUCUGUUUAUGCUCUGUCCAUUUCAGUGAUAUUUAAGGUUAAAAUGUGAUUAGAAUCACGUAUAUUGGUAACACUUUACAAUAAGGUUAUAUUUAUUAACAGGGCAAUAGUUAACAUUAACUUCUAUGGACAAUACUUUUGCAGAAUUUAUUAAUCUUGAUUAAUGUUAAUUUCUACAUAUUCAUACCCUAACCCAUGUUCAGUUUACUUAAUUAAAAUGAACUAAAGCCAAACAAUUCUAGAA